GGUCGGGCCGGGCGCGCUCCCGUGCAGCCGGCUCCGGCCCCGACUGCCCCAUGCACUCCCGGCCCCGGCGCAGGCGCAGGCGCGGGCACACGCGCCGCCGCCCGCCGGUCCUUCCCUUCGGCGGAGGUGGGGGAAGGAGGAGUCAUCCCGUUUAACCCUGGGCUCCCCGAACUCUCCUUAAUUUGCUAAAUUUGCAGCUUGCUAAUUCCUCCUCCUUUCUCCUUCCUUCCUUCUUCUGGCUCACUCCCUGCCCCGAUACCAAAGUCUGGUUUAUAUUCAGUGCAAAUUGGAGCAAACCCUACCCUUCACCUCUCUCCCGCCACCCCCCAUCCUUCUGCACUGCUUUCCAUCGAACUCUGCAAAUUUUGCAAUAGGGGGAGGGAUUUUUAAAAUUGCAUUUGCAAAGUUCGGUGUCUGGGCUGGCGAGUGGGGGAGGGAGGGAAUGGGGAGUAGGCCCCGCCCCUACCGUCCUUUGCAAAUAAAAAUCUAGCGGGGCGGUGGGGGGAGGAGCAGGAAGUGGCGGUGCGAGGGCUGCUGCACAGCGAGCAGAGCCGCGGUCCGGACGGCAGCGCGUGCCCCGAGCUCUCCGCCUCCCCCCGCCCGCCAGCCGAGGCAGCUCGAGCCCAGUCCGCGGCCCCAGCAGCAGCGCCGAGAGCAGCCCCAGUAGCAGCGCCAUGGCCGGGUGGAACGCCUACAUCGACAACCUCAUGGCGGACGGGACCUGUCAGGACGCGGCCAUCGUGGGCUACAAGGACUCGCCCUCCGUCUGGGCCGCCGUCCCCGGGAAAACCUUCGUCAACAUCACGCCAGCUGAGGUGGGUGUCCUGGUUGGCAAAGACCGGUCAAGUUUUUACGUGAAUGGGCUGACACUUGGGGGCCAGAAAUGUUCGGUGAUCCGGGACUCACUGCUGCAGGAUGGGGAAUUUAGCAUGGAUCUUCGUACCAAGAGCACCGGUGGGGCCCCCACCUUCAAUGUCACUGUCACCAAGACUGACAAGACGCUAGUCCUGCUGAUGGGCAAAGAAGGUGUCCACGGUGGUUUGAUCAACAAGAAAUGUUAUGAAAUGGCCUCCCACCUUCGGCGUUCCCAGUACUGACCUCGUCUGUCCCUUCCCCUUCACCGCUCCCCACAGCUUUGCACCCCUUUCCUCCCCAUACACACAUACACCAUUUUAUUUUUUGGGCCAUUACCCCAUACCCCUUAUUGCUGCCAAAACCACAUGGGCUGGGGGCCAGGGCUGGAUGGACAGACACCUCCCCCUACCCAUACCCCUCCUGUGUGUGGUUGGAAAACUUUUGUUUUUUGGGGUUUUUUUUUCUGAAUAAAAAAGAUUCUACUAACAA